AGAGAGUGGAGGGCGAGGCAGCGAGACGUGGGUACUGCGCAUGUUCUGAGCGUGACGUUGGUAUUUGAAGUUAGUGGCGAAGCGUAAAGGCGGUAACCGGUUUCUUGAAACCUUCCUCUAGACCAAGGCCUGGGAACCCACGUUUUGAGCCCACUAAGAGGUGUCAUGCUGAGUUCUCUACUUUAAGCCGCAGAAUCUUGGCUUCGGCGUUUGGGGCAAAUUCAGUUCUCGUUCUCGAGCCGGUUAUUCUUGAAUUCUCGCGAGAUCGGCGGGUUGCCCCGAGAGCAGCCCGAGAGCCGGUAUCUCCUAGGAGCCGGGUCAGGCCGCCGCCGCCGCUUCAGAGAGUUGGAGUCGCGGCCUCCCCCGGGGGCCCGCUUAACGGCGGCGAACGCCGCCUGGGAUCCCGGCAGAGAUGGAUGAGGAUCUGGUGUUGGCACUACGGCUUCAGGAGGAGUGGAACUUGCAGGCGUCGGAGCGCGACCGGGCCCAGGCGCCCCUGUCGCUGGUGGACGCGUCCUGGGAGUUGGUGGACCCAACCCCGGAUUUGCAGGCCCUGUUUGUGCAGUUCAACGAUCGGUUCUUCUGGGGCCAGCUGGAGGCUGUCGAGGUGAAGUGGAGCAUGCGAAUGACCCUGUGUGCUGGGAUAUGCAGCUAUGAAGGGAGGGGCGGAAUGUGUUCCAUCCGGCUCAGUGAACCUCUUUUAAAGUUGAGACCGAGAAAGGAUCUUGUAGAGACCCUCUUGCACGAAAUGAUCCACGCCUAUCUAUUUGUCACUAAUAACGAUAAAGACCGGGAAGGGCACGGCCCAGAGUUCUGCAAACAUAUGCAUCGCAUCAAUCGCCUGACCGGAGCCAACAUAACGGUGUACCAUACGUUCCACGAUGAGGUGGAUGAGUACCGGCGACACUGGUGGCGCUGUGACGGGCCGUGUCGGCAUAAGAAGCCCUACUAUGGCUACGUCAAACGCGCCACCAACAGGGCGCCGUCCGCUCACGACUACUGGUGGGCAGAGCACCAGCAGAAGUGUGGUGGCACCUACGUGAAGAUCAAGGAGCCAGAGAACUACGCCCGGAAAGGCAAGGGGAAGACAAAACUAGGAAGGCAGCCGGCGGCCGAAAAGAAAGAUCAGCCCAACAGAGGUGAGACCCAGCUGUUGAUCCCUUUCAGUGGGAAAGGAUACGUCCUGGGAGACGCGAGCAAUUCGCCUUCGUCCGGGAGAUUUGUCACUUCACAUGCCGUCAAUAAAACCCAAGAUCUUUUAAGUCAAGACCGCUCAGCAACAGCUCUGAGACCUAAUUCUAAAAUGGAGGUGAACUCUGAACAGAAUGGUCCAAGCAAAAAAACCUCUCUCGUCGCCCCUGUUCUUGCUGCCAGUCGCCAAAAUGUCGUAAGCAGCUACUUUCCUAGAGUGUCAGCUGCCAACCAGAAGGCCUGCAGAAGUGUGAGUGGAUCUCCACCAAAAAGCGGGGCAGGCGGCGACCUCCCUAAAAACUCUGUCUCUUCCACGUCUCACAGAAGGGUCCCCUCCUCUAAGAUAGCCCCGAGAAAUUCUUUAAAAGCCCCGGAAUCGACACCUGUGACCGCGGCCCCGGACGGGAGCGGGCCCGAAGAGAGAUUGCCAAGUAAACGAGCCAGGCUAGAAGACCAGUCUGUUUCUGACGAGCUUUUUAUCAAGAAAGAGCAAGUGCAACGUGGUGGAAGUGAUCCCGAGCGGAGUUCACGUCCUCCAGCCGCGGCUCAGAGCUCCAGCCCUUCAGCCAGUCAGAGCAGAGCGGUCAGUUGUCCUGUUUGUUGGAACGAAGUCCUAGAGUCGCAAAUUAACGAGCACUUGGACCGGUGCCUUGAAGGCGCUAGCGUCGAUGGCAAAAGUUGAAAAGGUCUUCGGAAAACAGACGGGUGUCUCACGCCACCUGUAUUACCUCACUAGUCUAGUGUCAGGUCCUCAGGAAGUUCUGGUACAUAUUCCGAUUUGUCGGUUAGAAUCUAGUUCUAUUUUAUAUAUACACAUGAGAUUAUAAUGAAAAAUAUUUUAUGUUUAAAGGCACUACCGUUCACUCCUGCCUUGUGUAUACCGUAGCCCAGAGUUUACUCUGCAUGUAUACACGUAGAAUUUUUAGAUAUUCGUGUUCUUGCGGUUAAUCUUUUUAUUUGUACACCUUCCUCAGCAUACUCCGUGAGGAAUCCUGUCCGGUGUUUGGUUACACUGAGCAUUUCUUCAGUUACACUAAAACUCAGUCCGAGAACUGAUGUUAAUUUCAUGAUGUCAGACAUACUGACCAAAAAACACAAUCUGGGGUACACAGCGUAUUAGUUGUUUCAGGGUACUCAGAGGCUUGUUUUGUUUGUUGUUUUUUUGCAGUCUUCACAGGAAGUAAAUUUUCUCUGUUUUAAAGAAUUUUAGUUCUGUCAUCACUGAAAGGUGGCAGCAGAUUUUAGGUUCAAGUACAUAAGGAGUACAGUAAAAUAAACCUCUUUUAGAAUGUUGCCAGUAACAAAUAGCUACUGCAGUUUCGUAGGCCAGGGUUGAGCGGUUUUCUCAACGCGUUGCCGAGUGAGUGGAUCUGGCGCUACCCACCUGGAACGUACAACGUCACAGAGCUGCCUCGGUGGUGUUCACGGUAGCGCGUUCUCUGGAAACAGUAUUAUGAGCCGUAAGCCAAAGUUGUAAUCGUUCUAAUAAAAAGGAAUACCAUUUGUGCA